UAUGUUUUUAAUGUUCAACUUAAAAUUUCUUUUCAGCCAGUGUGAAAUAUUUCAAAGGUCAUCUCGAGUUUUAUCCGUCCCUACUCAGUGAGAGAUAGACUGUCACAAACACCUUCUUCCGCUCUUGUCUGUUCAGUCAUGCAAGGACAGUCAAACAAACAAGUGGAACAGCAAUUAAAAUAUACUCAACAGGUGAUCACAACCGCAUUAAAUACCGUGUUAGUUAGGUGGUAAUUUGAGAGAUCUGUACGCAAACCAUCAGAGGCAGAGUGGGAGGAAAGAUUCUGAUGAUAAAAACCAGCCAAUUCUACCAAGCUAAUGCCUUUUUCAAGAAACGACAUUGCAAGAUACCUUUUUGUGAUCAUAUGGAUGAGUGUAAAUGCUGCACUCUUUGCCUCAACAUACAUGAAAUAUGGCACAACAAAAAAGUACCAUUAUCUGAGGAUUAUUAUCAAGGGUGGACUCCCUUAUGCCCGAGGUGCUGCAAUGGUGUUGAACUUCAACUGCAUGUUAAUCCUGCUAUCCAUGUGUCGUAACAUCAUCUCUUUUAUCAGAAGCAAUCUCAAUUGUGGUUGGUGUGGAAGUAUUAUUAGCCUUUUGGACAAGAACAUAACUUUUCAUAAGUACUGCGCUUACACGAUCUGCCUUUUCACUGUGGUUCACAUAUGCGGCCACUGUUUCAACUUGACAAACCUCGUUGAGAGCCAAUCAAAGGCUGACACAGAGAUAGAACAGCAUUUGAGUCAGUUAGAUAACCCUUGGCUAAAUCCUAUCAGAGAAUCUGGAGUUGAUCCUGUAUCUGGAUUGUUUCAGACAGUGGCUGGGGUGACAGGUGUGGUGAUGACUUUGUCAUUAAUUCUCAUGAUAUCGUCGGCAACUGAACUUAUAAGGAGAUCUUACUUUGAGACUUUCUGGCUCACCCACCAUUUGUUUGUUGUCUUCUUUGGCUGCCUUGUUGUGCAUGGCAUUGGGGAUCUUCUACGUUAUCAAACCAACAUGAACGAGCAUGAUCCUGAGAUCUGUGAUAAUGUAAAUUAUUGGAAGAAUCAUUCAACCAGCUGCUACAAAGUCCGACCACAGCUAGAAGCACCUGGAGCAAUGACAUGGAAGUUUGUGAUUUUCCCUAUGAUCCUGUAUGGUGCCGAACGGUUACUCAGAAUAUACAGAUCUUUCCAGAAGGUGACAAUUCUUAAGGUUGUAAAACAUCCAUCAAGGGUGCUUGAAAUUCAGAUGAAGAAAGAUGGAUUUACAUGUGAAGCAGGACAGUACAUUUUUCUGAAAUGUCCCAAGAUCUCACAUCUGGAGUGGCAUCCGUUCACUUUAACAUCUGCCCCUGAGGAGUCAUACUUCAGUGUUCAUAUCAGAAAUGCUGGUGAUUGGACAGACAGCCUACACAGAGAGUUUGGAGCAUAUGACAGUGGAACAAAAGAUAUUAGCUCCUGUCCAAGGUUGGCUGUGGAUGGCCCUUUUGGGACAUCAAGCACUGAUGUGUUCAAAUAUGAUGUCAUUAUGUGUAUUGGGGCUGGUAUUGGAGUAACUCCCUUCGCAUCAAUAUUGAAGUCUGUUUGGUAUCGUCAGAACAAACGUCAUUCUGACCUUAAGAUCCAGAAGGUGUAUUUUUUCUGGAUCUGCCGAGAUGAAAAGGCCUUUGAAUGGUUUACAGACCUUUUAAGGUAUUUGGAAGUUCAGAUGGCAGAAUUGAAUAUGCAGAACUUUGUGGAAUAUCACAUAUAUCUCACAGGAUGGGACACUAAAUUGGCAACUCAGUCAGCGAUACAUCAGGGUGAUCAAGAAGAUAACAUAACACAUUUGGAUGCUAAGACACAGUAUGGCAGGCCAGAGUGGAACAAGAUUUUUAAGGGUAUUGGGGAGAAACAUAAAGGGACAGAAAUUGGUGUCUUUUUCUGUGGACCAAGUGCUUUAUCGCAUAUGUUACACAAAAAAGCCAACCAGUACAGUAAUCCAAGCACAGGAGUCAAGUUUUGUUACAACAAAGAAAAUUUCUAAUUUUUUAGAAGGGCAAAAAUCACUAUCUUGUCACAGUAUGAUUUGCAUUUAAUGGAAUCAGCUUCUUAUUUGACUCAGCGCUUUAGUUAAAACCUUUAAAGAUUCUAUCCUGCCAAACUAUGGUAAUCAAGAUUAUUAAUUAAUAUUUAAAAUACUGGUAAGUGCAUGUAGCUUGGUUAAGUUGUUCAGUGGACUGAAUUUGUUAGAGUAUGAAAAUAAUAGAGGGCUUCAGUGCAAGUUAAUAGGGAGUUAAAGAAAACCAUGAUGCCCGGGGGGGUACUCGAUGUAUUCUUGGGUGGGGAGGUGUGGUGCAGCCCCUCGUACCCUGACCCUGUUUAAGACAAAUAUCGCUGAUUUUCCUACCCUGUUUAAGACAGAAUUCCGAUUUUUGAUACCCUG